UCAAAUCGGUCGAUUUACCUCUCUAUCGAAACGACUCGAUGAAUACGAAAAAUCUAAACAACCGAAUAAGGCCCAUUUAACGGGCUAUACGACACUACUCGACGACACGUGGAAACAAUAUUGAUUAUUACAAAAAGAAUUAGAAGAUUUAGGCGAGGAAGACGACGCGCGCGUUUCCGAGUUAACAAACACAUAUUACGAUCUGGUAGUACGAAUACACACUCUCAUGGAUGAUACACCAGCUUCGUCGUCGAAAUCGCAAAGUUGCGAGUCAUCUAAUGUCGCCGAGCCGACAUCAAUUAAACUACCGGAAAUUCACCUGCCUACUUUCGACGGUACCAUCGAAAAUUGGCAUUCAUUUUACGACUUCUUCUUAUCCACUAUCGAUCGAAGCGAGCGACUUGCAUCCGUGCAGAAAUUUCAUUAUCUACGAUCUUCCUUGACUGGAAAGGCCGCGCGAAGUAUGCAGUCGUUAGACAUCACAGAGUUAAAUUAUUCAAUCGCUAUUGAAGUUCUUAAAGAAAAAUUCGACUGCCACCGUCAAGUCUGAUGGGACUUGAUUUUCGACUAUCCGAAAAUAACUAAAGAGACACUCGAAGCUAUAGAUGAUUUUCUCGAGACGGUCAGAGUAAAUCUCCAAGCUUUAGAAAAACUCUGUGAACCAGUCACUUCGAACGUCGUUCUUAUCAAACUAUUCACGUCGAAGCUACCCUCAGCCAUCAUUCGCAAAUGGCAACGCACAUUACCGGACAAGAAAAUGCCGUCAUAUACACACUUGGUAGACUUUCUAAAAACACAGACGAACGGCGAUAAAACAAGUUCAGCAUCAACCGUGAUAAAAGGGGCGUCCGAUCAACACAACCGUCAGCGACCGAACGCGCCGCGAAGUUACGCAUUCACAACUACACAUAAUAUGUUGGUAUGUCCGAACUGCCAAGGACAACGCGAAUUAUGGAAUUGUGAUGUCUUCAAAGCGAAGUCACCCAAAGAACGCCUUGAAACUGCCAAAAGAGGGUCGCUCUGUACCAAUUGUUUAGGCAAGGGGCACGCUCUUACUCAAUGCUCCGCCGGUUCAUGUCGCAUCUGUAUUUGCAUCAAGACCAUGGUCAUAGCAAAUUACGAACACGCGUAAGCCGAACAUCGAGCGGUCGAUCUUCGCUUAGUUCAUCGACCCCGCGUUCGUCACAUCGUUCGAGACGCGCAUCCACGUCUCCCCGAACGUGUCCCCGAACGUGUCCCCGAACGUGUCCCCGAACGUGUCCCCGAA